CAAAUGGGCCCUUAAUAAUUCGAAAUAUUUAUAAAAUAUCUUUAAGGAACAUCUUACAUAUCGAUAGUAUCUGUGUAAAGUAGAACAGAACAACUACAUUAUUAAUUAUACUGCUUCCCGAUAUUUCUUGUUUUCUUCUCUAGAGCAAUAAAUUUGCUGGCACUUUUAGAUCUUUUUUUCCCCCAAGAAAUCAUAACUAAUGGACCCCCUGCCUGGUCUUGUUAGCUAAUUUCAAGCUAAAAUUGAGGUGAGAAUCUUUAAUGGAUUUCUUGAUUUUACAGAUUCUCAAUAGGUUUGAGCACUAGCAGCUGACUGUAACAUUGAUUUUUAGUUAGGAAAAAAGUAUAACAGUGUGCCGAUUUAGGAUCUGAUUCUCUCUUAAGAAAACAUGACAGCUUUUAGUGGCUUAGGUAUUGGUUUGAGUUUCCUUUUUGGUUGCAUGGUAAUGGGAUUUGCUGCAGAAUUGUACUACCUGUUGUGGGUGAAAAAAAGAAUCUCAAAAGGAUCAAAUGGGGAUCAAUACACAACUUAUGCUAGUGAGCUUUCUUCCCUUUUCAAUUGGAAGAAAACUAACUCUUUAAGCAAAAUUAGCACUCAAGAAGUUACGACAAAUUCAAGAAAUCAAGGUCAAGAUUUGGAGCUAGGGACCAACAGCGAUAGUGAAGAAUCCAUAAAAUUGGAAGGAUACAGAGAAGAUAGCGCAGAGUUAGAGUUGAUGAGGUUACAUAAUCUUAGAUUCCUCUCCACGAUUAAAGAGGAGACAAAGGAAGAUUUAGAAUCCGAUGAUGAAAAAUCGAGAGGUGAUAGAAGCAGAAAAGCUUCGAAAAGCAGAAGCUUUACUGACCUUACCCUGGUUCUCACUCCUCUAUCUUCACCGCGCGUGAAGUGUCAGUCUUCUGACGCUUACAAUUGUCAGGGAUUUAGUUUCAAUCCUCUCUUUGAAUCUGAAAUCAAGAGUCUGAAAACUUCACCACCAUCAAAAUUCAAGUUCUUGAGGGAUGCUGAAGAGAAACUUAUAAGGAGAUUACUUGAAGAAUCUGAGAGAAGAAAAGUUCUUAGUAAUGGUGCUUCUGAUCAAGAUUCUUUAAUGAAACCUUCAUCAAAUUUCAACAGUGUUCAAUGAAGAAAGAGAUGAAUCUUUUAUUUCUUUCAACAAUUACCAGUAUUAGAGCAACGAUGAAUGUUCUACAUUCUACGUCACAGCGGCCUUUCCCCAAACGUUCUUGGAGCAACAAUAAAAUUGUAGGUCGAGUCCUGAAAGUAGCAAGUAGAUUGUCUGCAUUACACCUCAGAGAUGCUUUGGGCACCAAAUUGUUUUCUUUUUUUGUUGUUGUUUUAAUGACCAAUGCACCAUUCUGCGUCUGCACAGAUACUUCCCUCAGCUUCUGCGCGUAAUUCACCAUAAAGGUUUAGAUUUCUGUUUUAAAUCUUUCAUCUAUAGCCAAAAGUAUAGCAAAAAAAACACCCAUGUAUUUACUUUAGUGCAGGUAGAAAAUAUAAAUUUGCUAGCUUGUAAUUCUAUUUAAUUUGUUUUUAAGUACUCUGCUCAUUUUGUUUUAUA